ACGUGACGGGAGCGCGGGCUUUGGAAGGCGGUGAAGCGAGAGGGUACCAGAGACUGGUUCUGAGGCGGCUUCGGGACAGAGGCGGGAGUCGGGCUUAGUUCUGUUCUGGGCCACCCCGGAGCAUCCCAGAGGCCAGCUGUCCCUCCUGUAUUGCUAUGGGAAUUCAAGGACUGGCCAAACUGAUCGCUGACGUGGCCCCCAGUGCCAUCCGGGAGAAUGACAUUAAGAGCUACUUUGGCCGCAAGGUGGCCAUCGAUGCCUCCAUGAGCAUUUAUCAGUUUCUGAUAGCUGUUCGCCAAGGGGGGGAUGUGCUGCAGAACGAGGAGGGGGAGACCACCAGCCACCUGAUGGGCAUGUUCUACCGCACCAUCCGCAUGAUGGAGAACGGCAUCAAGCCUGUGUACGUCUUUGAUGGCAAGCCGCCGCAGCUCAAGUCCGGGGAGCUGGCCAAGCGCAGCGAGCGGCGGGCCGAGGCGGAGAAGCAGCUGCAGCAGGCUCAGGCCGCCGGGGCUGAGGCAGAGGUGGAAAAGUUUACGAAGCGGCUGGUGAAGGUCACCAAACAACACAAUGAUGAGUGCAAGCACCUCCUGAGCCUCAUGGGCAUCCCAUACCUUGAUGCGCCCAGUGAGGCAGAGGCUAGCUGUGCGGCCCUGGUGAAGGCCGGCAAAGUCUAUGCUGCGGCCACAGAGGACAUGGAUUGCCUGACGUUCGGCAGCCCGGUGCUCAUGCGGCACCUGACUGCCAGCGAGGCCAAGAAGCUGCCCAUCCAGGAGUUCCACCUGAGCCGGAUCCUGCAGGAGCUGGGCCUCAACCAGGAGCAGUUUGUGGAUCUGUGCAUCCUGCUGGGCAGUGACUACUGUGAGAGCAUCCGGGGCAUCGGGCCCAAGCGGGCCGUGGACCUCAUCCAGAAGCACAAGAGCAUCGAGGAGAUUGUGCGGCGGCUGGAUCCCAACAAGUACCCCGUGCCAGAAAACUGGCUCCACAAGGAGGCCCAGCAGCUCUUCCUGGAGCCUGAGGUGUUGGACCCGGAGUCUGUGGAGCUCAAGUGGAGCGAGCCCAAUGAAGAAGAGCUCGUCAGGUUCAUGUGUGGGGAGAAGCAGUUCUCCGAGGAGCGAAUCCGCAGUGGGGUCAGGCGGCUGAGCAAGAGCCGCCAGGGCAGCACCCAGGGCCGCCUGGAUGAUUUCUUUAAGGUGACCGGCUCCCUCUCUUCUGCCAAGCGCAAGGAGCCAGAGCCCAAGGGAGCCGCCAAGAAGAAGGCAAAGACUGGGGCAGCAGGGAAGUUCAAAAGAGGAAAAUAAACGGGUUUCCCUUCACGAUACCUCUGUGACCCCAGGAUGUUUGCCUCUACCUGCUAGAGCUGGCGCUGGAGAAACCUUCAUGGGGGUGGGGAGGGGCUUUCAUUGCUUCCCUGGCACCACCCUGCUCAGUACUGCUUUUCCAUUUGUUACUUGAUCUCAUGGCAGGAACACCACAGAGGUACGUCAUUGUCUUCUUUUUUAGCUCAGGAAAGUAUGUCAGGCUCAAGCUGCCUCUCAGGCGAUUUAAUGGACACUGAAUCCAUUGUUACAUGAAAGCAAGAAGUUUUGAAGAAGAGAGGGAGAUAAAUGGUAGAGAUGAAAGACUGGGGGUGAUUUCCUGCCUGGCCAGCCUGGUGGCUAGUGGGAGGUGACCGUGGAACCAGACUGCUCCUCUCUCUGGCUCAGCCUUGACCCGCCCUAAAGAGCAGCCAUCAGGGAGAUCCAUUGUCUUAAACAGAUGGGAAGAGCUGCUGAGAAGCAAGAUAGGCAGAGAGCUGGAGUCCCGGGAGUUGGCAGCAAGGGUUUGAUUACUGGCUUUGUAUCCUGGGGUGGGUAGAAACUUGAACUUGCUAUGAAAUUUUAUACAGUGGUAAUUCAUAGGCAUAAGGUGGUGGAGUGGCUCUCAAGGCCUUCCUGAAGCCUUUGAGUUGAAACUUUGGGAUAAGAUGCUGUUUUCAUGUGCUGUUUUUUUAAGGUAUGAGAAGAAAAGAUUCAAUAAAAUUAUAAAAAGUAA